UGCCUGACAGCGUUUCUCAGCUCUCUGCUUGGACAAUUGUAGCAGGCUUAAAUCGUUGACAAAUAUUCCGUUAAGUACACAAUAUGUAAUGGCACGAGAAUGCACUUCACUAGAAAAUCAUUCAAAUCAAGUUAUAGUGUGGACUUCAGGUGAAUCAGGAUUCACGUUUAUUAACUGCCUCAGCUUGGGGGACAAUGAAGAAUGCAACAUGAGUGACGUUAAUUUGGAAUCAGGAUUCACGUCUAUUAACUGGUUCAGCUUGGGGGACAAUGAAGAAUGCAACAUGAGUGACGUUAAUUUGGAAUCAAGAUGCACGUCUAUUAACUGGCUCAGCUUGAGGGACGAUGAAGAAUGCCAAAUUUUUGACGUUAAGUUGCUAGAUGUACACUUCCAGCCAUUGUGGCAAAGAUACAUGAAGGAGAAAAUUGAACAAAGCGAAGGAUUUCAGGGCGUUAUCCCUCAAACUGAAAUUCCAGAGUGGUUCGGGCAUCCGAAUCCUGGGUCAAUUAAUGUACCAAUCCGGCUACCACCCGAUCUGUAUCAAAAUAGCAAUUGGAGAGGAAUUGCGUUGUGUACUAUUUUUGUAGUCAAUAGCAAUCGGGAUUCCAAAUGUUUUCAUGAGUUUAUAUGUCGCUUGGACAUAGAUGGAGGUGUUGUCGAUUCUCCCCUGGUUUUUACCUUCCCUAAAGACCAAUUCUAUCCUGGCUCUUUUGGACUUUGGCUAUAUAUAUCGCAUGAGAAAUUUAGGGAACGUGUAGAUGUACGCGGCUGCGUUAGCCCUUCAGUUACAACCAACAGCCCAGAUGUUGAGAUUAAACUGUUCGGUGCACGUUUACUAUACGAGGGAGAUAUGGUACAGUUUGUCCAAGAGUUUAGUCAGAAACGUUUUGGGAGCCCCGAUGCCCUACAUCAACGUCAUCAACGCUUUAUACACCCUCAUAUAGACCAUUCCGCGUGCCAGUCAUGUUGUGACUCGAUCCCCUGGCUGAAAAGAGAGCUCAAGAAACUGCUUUCAAGAUUGUAUCAGAGAGACCCUGCACGAAACCACUGGUACGAUUAUAUCUUUCCUCAUAUGUCGAUCCCCAAGUGGUUCAAUCACAAGAAAUUUCUGUCAGAAAUAAGAAUGCAGCUGCCUCCAGAUUUGCAUAACAAUAAGAGAUGGAUGGGAUUCUCUGUCUAUGCUUCGUAUACUGUGUACAAGCAACCAUAUAGUUCCGGUCAGGACCCAACAAUUAUUUUAAGUUUUUCUGGUCUUUCGGCUGGUGAAGCUCCUUCCGCACCUUACAUGGCCCUUCCGCGGUCUAGAGACAUUUUUUGGGGGUCACGUCGACUUUUGGUAUUUUAUAUACCACGCGUGCUAUUUGAGUUGAAUCAGUGUAGUGAGAUUUGGGCUUCAUUCCAAAGCAACAACCCACGUGUGCUAAAGGUUGAAACGUGUGGAAUCCGUCUUGUGUACGAGCAAGAUGUUGAAGAGUUUGUGGAAACGUUACAGCAGUACAUGUUGAAUUGCUCAGAUUCCUCCCGUCGAUUUUAUUACAUAAAUCUUUAUGAUCAAGUUGAAGACUUGCAAGGCUGCGACCAUGGAGAAUAUUUUAGCUGCUCUUUCUCAUUGCAAAGGAGGCCAAAGCUUCUACCAAGUAUUGAAAAUGUAGCAGAGGAGGGUUGUACUUCACCCGAAACAUUUUCAAAUCAAGCAGGCAAUUCCAGAAAUUCAACAUCUUUAAUUUUAGGCAUACCCUUGCGGGACGAGCAAUGUGGAAGUACUUCGUCAAUAGGCAUUGUGCAACAGGCUUUCCUUGAACGUUGGUUCAAAACACACUUGCAGGACUACUACCAUGGCACUGUAUUCAACCUUUGUUUUCCUCAAAGUGAAAUCCCACAGUGGUUUUGCCAACAGAGUGAUAGGCCCUCCGUGACAAUCCCGCUACCUCCAAGUUUGUUUAAUAAUCCUGAUUGGAAGGGAUUUGCUGUAUGUGCUGUUAUCUCAUUUCACAAGCAUCCAGCUGCCAUCCUUAUGAAUUUGGAUUCGGGAUUUCCUCAUCGCGUCAUGUGUCAUGCGGAAACCGACGUUGGUAGCAUGCAUCCGUUACUUGAGAAUAGCAUCAGUGAAGACGAAGUUCUAAUUUCGUUAUACCAACGUUCAUUUAUUUGGGUGUUGUUCCUACCAAAUUGGAGGUUUUCAAGUCAUCCGUGGAGUCAAAGCACUUGGGCUAAGUUCAGGUUUAUAAGUGAUAGUCCAGAUGUCUCAGUGCUCAAGUGUGGGGUCGGUCUUGUAGACCGGCAAAAUAGGGAAGAGUUUUAUCGAACAAUUGUACAGCUCAAAACCUCCGGUGAUGGCUAUCUGAAUGGCAUCCGCAGCUCUUGUAAGAGGGGCGCAGUCUCUGAAAGAUUGCCCAUUUGCGUAGAGAAAAAGAAAGAAGGGUUGCACAUUUCUCCGGGGAACCGACACCCUCACAAUCGAUUCUACAAAGAGGGUUACGCAACGGGACCGCUGGACUUUGAUCCGUCCUUUUUGUACAAUUAUUGUUUCCCACCAAGUAAAGUAACCCAGGAGUGGUUCAGUCAUCGGAGUCGUGGGCACUCAGUGACACUUGACAUACCACCAAAUUUAGACAAUGAUGACAACUGGGUGGGACUCGCUGUAUGUGUUUGUUUUUCAAUGGUGGGCGGGGAUCUAGAAACCAUCAUUGCCAAUUGGUCUUCAGAAGUUCAGCACUUCCUAUCUUAUCAAUUCCGAACAAGUAUAGCUGGUCUGGAUGAUUUUUUCGGGGCUUGUCACACCAGUAAAAAAGAAAUUCUGUGGUUAACUAGUCAAGGCCGAUUCAUUUGGAUAGCCUACGUACCGGCUGGUCAGCUAUUAAUUGAUUCUAUGUUUAGCCAGUGCAGCCGCAUUGAAGCUUCAUUUGUUAGUGAUUGGCCAGGUGUGACAGUGCAGAAAUGUGGACUUCGUCUUUUGUACGAGCAUGAUCAGGUAGAAUUUGUGCAAAAUCUAAAACACUGCAACGCCUUGAUUUUUGAACAUAGCGAUUCUCUUCGUCAACUUAUGGAUGAUCGAGGCUUAACUGUCCACCCCUCCUUAUUCCAUUUAAGAAUAUUUGAAAGACCUGCUCGACCAUGCAAAAGUGACCUAUUGGAAUUUGAUGGAUGCUCUGAAUACAAUUUGUGUUUCCCUCCAAGAGAAAUCCUAAAUUGGUUCAGCCACCGUAGUAAUGGGCCGUCAGUGACAAUUGAUGUACCCGCAAGUUUGUACGAUGACAAGGGUUGGAUGGGACUUAUUCUAUGUGCUUACUUUUCAGUCCAUGAGGAUCAAACUGCCAUCCCUGAAAAGCCCGAUUCAGCAAUUUCUCAAAAUCUUAUUUGUUCUUUGGAAAGCAAUGUAGCUGGCCCGCAGCCACAAAUCCAUGUCCAUGGCACCACUAUAGAAGAACUUAGGCGGUUAUAUAUACAAGAUGAAUUUCAUUGGCUGUCAUAUAUUCCACGUGGGUCAUUACCGGAUUGGUUGAAUCAAUCCAGUUGCCUGGAGGCUUCCUUCGUAAGCGAUUGGCCAGGCUUAGCGGUGCAGAAAUGUGGGCUUCGCUUCUUCCACGUGCAUGAUGAGCAGGAGUUUGAGAAAAUAAUAUACCGUUGCUGCUUCGUUUCUGAAAAUCGGGGAUUCGAUCCAUCAAAAAGCGAAAGUAGGGGAGCUAAGAAACAACCCUGCAAAAAGGACUUUGAUCCAUGCCUUGUCUUUAACUCUUGUUUUUUACCAAGGGUUAUGUACCCGUUCAGCCAUCGGAUUGAUGAGCCCCAAGUGACAUUCCGUUGCUUUAUACCUCCAAAUUUGUUCGAUGAUCCUACUUGGAUGGGAGUCUGUCUCUUGGUUUUAUUUUCAGACCGGGAGCCUUGUACUAUUGCUUGCAACCUUAUUUGUCAGUUGGAAACUGAUAUUGGUUGUCUGGAAAAUCUCCAUAUGUAUUGCCUCACUAAAGAAGAUCUCAUGUUGUUCGGGCAAGGUGGAUUCGUUUGGGAGACUUACAUACCACGUGGGUCGUUACCAAAGUGGUUGAAUCAGAGCAGUUUCAUCAAGGUUUCAAUUAAGACCUAUUGCAGAAGUGCGUUUUCCUUCUUUUAUUCUAGACUAGGCUUGACUGUGCAGGAGUUUGAUUUCCGUCUUGGGGACCUGAAGGCAGCUGAGCCCAGUGCAGCCAGCAGCUCUGAUGGUACUAGGCUUCAAGACAAGGACAAAGGAAUCGCAGAAUAACCUCUCCUCUACUUGGCCUGCUGCUUCUGUUUCUUUAGGUUGACUCUUUAGUGUUUUACAGGAAAUAGCGACUCAGGCAAUUGGCAUCAGCUGAAUCAAUAGCCAUUUGAGCUCAGUACAAGCAAUGACGGAUAUUUCCUCACAUUUUGCCACGUUGAUUGCUUCAAGGAGAACCUGGAACGAAACAACGGCUUGCUAGAAACUUGCAAGACACUUUAGAACAGUUUAGUAGCAUUAGUUGUUGCAAGUUCUUCAUCUUUUUAUUAUAUUUCAUAUAAAAUAAAAUGUCACACGUGAGUUGUUGUA